AUGUUACAAAAAUGUGGUUACUUGCCAUUGGCAAUUUGUUUACUCGGUGGGGUUUUGAGAGAGAAAAAAUCGAUUGUUGAGUGGGAAUCAGUAAAUGAGCACAUCAAAGCAGCCAUAUAUGGAGUUGAAGAGCAGAUUGAUGGAGUGCUGAAUUUAAGCUAUGAAAGUUUACCCUAUUAUUUGAAGCCUUGCUUUCUCUAUUUGGGUAUCUUCAACGAGGAUGAAACCAUAGGUGCUUUGGAACUAUAUACCAUGUGGAUAGCACAAGGCAUGAUUUCAUAUGAGAAUAUUGGAGAAAAGGAGGACACUUUAAUUGACAUCGCUGAGCUGUACUUAAGUGAGUUAGCCUCCAGAGUUUGGAGUAUAAAGGUGGGAAACUUAGUACCUUACUACAGGAAGCUACAACAUCUGGCAAUCGAUUUCAGAAGUGAAGUCGAGCAUGAGCUUAUAGUUGCUUGUGGAGAAGAUACUAGGGAGCAUAUAAGGUCUAUUCGAUUAUCCAAUGUCGUAGGAUCAGAUGUUGUUGAGUUUCCCCCACAAAGUAUAAUUGAUUUUCAGAAAUUCAAAUUUCUGAGAGAUCUAGUUAUCCUGAGAUUCAAAUUUGCGGCGGGAAAGUUACCGAGAGGAAUCACUAAACUUGUUCACCUUAGACGUUUGUGUUUAGAAGAAUGUGAACUUGAUAAGCUACCGUCAUCCAUGAGGAAUUUGGUAUACUUGGAUACCCUUGAUUUAACACUUUCAUGGGAUGUUGAAGUUCCAAAUGUUUUUAAAGAGAUGUUGCGAUUAAAACACUUGAUACUUCCUUUCUAUGGAAAUGAAAAUGCUGGAAGUUAUCGAGUAAGAUUGGAUGAGGGAGUAGACAAUUUGGAGACUCUACUAUACUUUCAUAGCAGAUGCCAUGAACUUAAAUGUAUGGACCGAAUGAAGAAUCUCAGGAUUUUUGGAGCAAGUAUACACGAUAAUGAAAGCUUGUCAGCUAUCAUGAAUGUCAUUAUGAACUGGAACAAGAUACGGGAAUGUACUAUUCUCAUUGUAGGAAGUUGCGACUUAACAAAUGAGCGAAUGCUGGAGAAGGCUUUGACUUGUCCCAAUCUUUAUGAUUUGCAUAUUUAUUCAAAAAUAGGGAAGGAGCUGGCAGAGUGCGGGAGUAAUUUGUUGAGCUCGAAACUUAGGUGUUUGGAUCUGAAUGAUUGUGAGAUUGAGGAUGAUCCAAUGGGGAUACUGGGAAAGCUUCCUUGGCUGGCAAAACUGGAAUUAUGUCAGAAAUCAUUUGUUGGGGAGGAGAUGACAUGCCCAACAAACAGCUUUCUUCGCCUCAAGAUCCUAGCAUUAAGAGAAUUACCAGCGUUAAGGGAGUGGAGAGUGGAGGCAGGAGCAAUGCCCCUUCUCUCUGAAUUAACGAUCGAAGAGUGUUAUUGCCUGGAGAUGGUUCCAAAGGGAUUAUGUGCCAUUUCUACCCUUCAGACUCUCGUAAUUGAAAGAAUGCCAGAACUGAGUAAAAGGAUAUCACCAUCUGGAGAAGAUUUCCAUGAAGUUUGCCAUGUGCCUUCAAUUCUUAUCUCAUUUCUCACAUUUCCUUUCUUCAAUUUUGAUGUGAACACCCCCUAA